GGUUUACCCCAGCUUUCCCAUGUCCUCCCCGCACUUCUUGGCGUUGGAGCUGCAUAAGGUCCCUCUUACAGUCGACAGAGAACAGGCGCUGUGCAUGGAAAGAGACCGUCGAGGUUGGAGUAGGUUUGUGGGGAGGGAGGGGGUUUUAAGGAAGAAGGUUAUGCUAGCCGUACCGUCAUCAUCACAACGCCCUUACAACCCAGAACCCUCCCCUCUCGAUCUGGUAGCGAAAAUCUGGACCUGUCUUCGCUCUAGGAUCCAAACAGCUACCUACAUACACAGCAAUGACUGCCAAGACGACCACGAACGGACAUCAUGCCCCCGAGAUCCCCAAGGAGUGCCUUGCGGGCGUCGUGGUGAACGAAGGCCCCGACUUUCGAAUCGAGGUCAAGAAAGUCCCUGUGCCAGAGAUCGGCCCGCAGGACGUCCUCAUCAAGCUCUCCUGCACGGGUCUGUGCAUGAGCGAUGUGCACUACGCCCUGCACGACUGGGACUCACCCUCCAUGUCUAGCUUCGGGACGCAGUGCCCCGGCCACGAGGGCGCGGGCGAGAUCGUCGCCGUUGGCAGCGACGUCAAGAACCUGAAAGUCGGGCAGCGGGCCGGGUUCAAGCCCGUCGCCGACGUGUGCUACACGUGCGAGGCGUGCCGGACAGGCCACGAUAACUACUGCCUGGGCGCAAAGUAUACGGGGUUGCACGUUGAUGGAUCUUACAAGCAAUACGUCGCCUCUCCAGCGCGCUACACCACAAUCAUCCCGGACUCGGUGCCUGACCAUGUAGCGGGACCCGUCAUGUGUUCCGCAUCGACCAUGUACACGGCCAUCAGGUCCUCCGGCGCCACUGCCGGCCAGUGGGCAUGUUUCCCCGGCGGCGGCGGCGGCGUGGGGAUCCAGGGCGUGCAGCUGGCUGUCGCGAUGGGCCUGCGCGCCGUGGUGGUCGACACGGGAAGCGAGAGGCGGGAGCUCGCGCUCAAGAUGGGUGCCGAGGAGUUUGUGGACUUCAAAGAGGUGCAGGAUCCGGCCAGGAGGGUCGUCGAGAUCACGGGCGGAGGGGCGCACGUGUGUUUUGUCACGGCUGUCCAGGCGUACCCGACUUCUCUGAGCUACAUCGGUUACCGGAUGGGCGGCGUCGUCAUGUGCAUCGGAAUGCCACCUAAAGAUCAGCACAAGAUCAACCUGUUUCCAACGAGCAUCAUUGUCCGCGGUCAGUCCAUCAAGGGCACUAUGGUUAGCAGCCUUGCGGAUGUGGACGCGACGCUUGAGUUUGCACGUAGAGGCAAACUCAAGCUCGAGCCGACGGUCGUUGGUCUCUCAAAGUGGGACGAGGCGGUGCAGAAGCUCAAGAGGGGCGAAGUCGCUGGGCGUAUUGUUGUCGACUUCAGCCUGCCAUGAAUUGCGAGCUGGUCGAUAGUAGUUAUCGAGUACAGGGGGAAUUGGGGAUUGUGAAGCAGACGACGAUAGCAAGGCAAUAAUGCACCUGGUUCGUUACUUGAUAGAGUUGACUGGGUGAAAUGUUUCAAGGCGUUUCAAACACCCAACUGCUCUUGAGUCACCAUGCUCUCGGCUCAGCUGAUAUUUGUCGCACCAGAAAGACUUGAGCUCGGACGAUCAGAGCAAAACACGGGAGACCAAACAGCUUUUGUUUUAGUUUGUUUCGAGGAAGCCAUC